AUGCUAUUAAUUAUAUUAAUUGUACUAAGUGGUAUAGUGGCAAGAGAUCCUGAUUUAAUUGAAAUUGAGAUAGCUUAAUUAGAACAUUUAAUAUAAUUGUAGACUGAGAAAUUACAUUAUUUGAAAGAAUUGAGAGAUAUUACAAUAAAUAAUUAAUAAAAUAUUCCUGUAUUGAAUGAUUAAUAUAGGAUUAGUAAAUAGAUUAAUAAGUACUCUAAGACAUUGUAUAAAAGAAACCUUAAAAGAUUUAGAAUAAUGGAAAACAGAGUUUAAAUAAAGAGAGAUCAUUUACAAAUAGAAUGUUAAAGAAAUAUUAAUUUAAUAUUACAAAUUCCAUUUUAGAUGCAUCAUUGAUUUAAACGUAAUUGAAUAUUUAUAUAUUUAUAGUUUCUAAUACAAAUCCACAAUAACUGAUAAUUCAUUUACUUAAAUGUUAUAUGUUAUUACAAACAAUAAGUAAAUUGAGAUUUAUGAUUUAUCUAAUUCAAUGAUUGUAAAUACUUAAUUAGGUAUUUAAUUUAUAAUAUUAGAAUUCUAACCAUAAUAUGUAUCAAUUAGUAAUCGUGCAGAUGAUCCAAUAUUAGCUUUGGCAAGUAUUUAUUUAACUUAAAAAUUUUUAGAUAAAGAUGGACAAUUUGUAUUAUAUAAAAUAGAGAAUUCAAGAAUCCCAAUUGAAACAGAAGAUUCAUAAAAACUCAAAACUAAAUUAGUGAUUUAAUUAAAUAAAGAAUUUGAAAUGAAUAUUGAAAACCAGUAAAUCACAUCUAUGAUAUAUGCAAUGGUUAAAGGAACUAAAUAUAUAUUAUUUGGUUCAAGUAGUGGAAGUGUUUAGUAAAUAAUUAUAAAUAAUAAAAGUGUAUACACUCGUAAUGGAACAUUAAUAGGUGAGAGGAAUUUCAAUAGUCCCAUUUUACAAGUAAUAAAAUCAUAUCCAAAUAUGUUAUAUUUAACAUCUAGUGGAUUUGGAUAUAUCAAUCCUAUCAACUUAGAAAUAGUAUAGCCAAUUUGUGACAAUGUAAAAAUAUAUUUUAUAAUAUUUACUAGUUACCAUUUUAAAUAGUUCAUUUAACAUUAGAUAUACAAUAAACAAAUAUAGUUUAUGUGCUAUCUGAUUUAGGUGAAGUAUAUGUUUUUGAAAUUAAAUAAAAUGAGUAAUGCAAAAUGAAAUUGAAAUUAAUGAAUAAUCAAUAAUCUUAAGUGUUAUUUAAUAAUGCUAAAUUAUUUAGUUUAAGACAUUAUCUAAUAGUUUAUGAUUAAAAUACAAGAGAAUCAUUAUUAUAUAAUACUACAGAUGUUUUGACUGAAGUUGAUUAUGAUCAACCUUUUAAUAUUGAAUUCUUUAAAUAAAUCAAAGGUUAAUAAGUUGUAUUAUAAUCUAUAAAAGGAAAUGGUGCAUCUCAUUAUUUAUUAACUAGAGAAAUAUAAGAUGAUCAUGAAUUGAUUAGUUAUUAUGAAAUAACAAUGCCUUAAAAAAAAGAUACUGAUAUAUUCUCAAAUUUUAGAUUCCCUAUUAUUAUUAUAGCAAUUGUUAUUGUGCUUUUAUAUUAAUUCUGGUUUAAAGGUAAAUAAAAGGAUAAGAAAGAGAAGGGAUCCAAAAAGAAAAUAAGAGGUGAAGAUGAAGAGAUUGAAUAAAUAUUAAAUUAAGCAAAGAAACCUUUGACAGGAUCUAUAGGAUCUACUUCCACUAUUAAUAACAGAUCUCCAACAAGAUCAGAAGUAUAGAAUGGAUAAAAAUAAGUGAGAUUUGAUGAAAAUUUAAAGAGAGCUGAUAAAUUUAAGGAAUAACUUGAUAAUAUAGAUUAAAAAACUAAAUUACUUAAUGAAAAAGUAGGAGUAACAAAUAAUAUUGAAGCAUAAAGAUAAAGUAAUUAUAUAUAUUAUAUAUAUUAUUAUUAGAAUUGGCAUAAUAAGCAUUACUGUAGAAAAAUAAAUAUGUAUGA